UGACAUUUAACUUUGCGCAAUCUGAUUGGUUGAAGGCGUUGAAGGGUUACCGUCUAAUGUCAGUGUCGGUAGUUUCUGCUUGAGAGGUGUUUUAGGUUAUUUGGUCGUAUCUCCUGAAUAAAGCAAUUCCUGCUGUCUGACAUCAAUUGAAAAUCAUGUCAAAUUACUUAAGCAUUCAGGCAGUACGUUUGCUGCAACGCAUUGAUCGUUUUUGUGCUUCAAUUUUGAGCAGAAAUUUCCCGCCACCUGAUGCAUAUUGCCUUCCUGCAGUCCAGAAUAGUCCUCUGUCGGGUGUUGUAAAUGGAGCAAAUAAGCCACAGCGGACCCUUCGUGAGAUCUGGUCGGAUGCCAUCCUGUGGGCAGUGCCCAAACAUCGACGGACAGUGGAGAAGAGGUUAAAAAGGAAGUAUGGGCGCCCAGACCAAUUCUGGAAGAUGUUGAAAGUUAACUGGAAUAUCCGGACUUGCAACAAUUGUGGGAAGGACUACGAAGCAGGAACAUUGUGCCCACAUUGCUACGAAAAAGUAAAAAAGGAAACCGAAGAAAUUCAAACCAAAAUCCAAGAGGAACUUAAACUCGACCCGGUUGAGAAGGACGUCGUAAUCCUCUACGAUGGCGAAAAGGAUGAUCGGCCUGAAAUAGUAAAUGGAAAGCGAAUCGUGGAAAUGAAAAAACCCCGGCCUAUGUGGUUCAGCAAAAAUCUUAUCCAAAAGUCUACGCAGCAAAAUACAGCAAACAAACCAAUAAAACCAGACGAUUUAGUGUAACGCCGUUAAAACUAAAUAGAAAUUUGAAAAUAGGCGAUAAUUGUUGUACUGUAUGGUGUAAAUCAGUCUCUCAAAUGGGACUUUCUUGCUAGUUAGGUAGCUGAAAUAGAUGCUAAAAUUGAAAUACAAGUAGUUGAUAUAUAUAAA